CGCGAGUGAGGAUGAAGACGUGGCCGCUGACGACGACGCUGCUAGCAUGCAUUGCCAUCGCGCUGGCGCAGAAGACGAAGAAGUGCCCCGGCGGCGAGAACCCAUGCAGCCUCCAUGGCUCGUGCAUGAUCAGCCGCAUGGGCGAGUACGUCUGCAACUGCCAAUGGGGCUAUACGGGCGCCGACUGCAGCCAGAAGAUGUGUCCACAUGGCGUCGACCCCACGACGAGCGCGACCAAGCAAGAGAAGAAGGUCCGGCUCCAAGUUCUUGGCCCGAGCGAAGACGCGUUGGCCGCCGCGGGCCGGCUCUUCCUUACGUUCCAUGGACACACAGUCGAGAUGGAGGUGGAUGCGGCCAUCUCAAGCGAGCGCUGCACCAAGGUCUUUCAGCGCUUUCACAACCUCGGCACCGUCAGCUGCGUGCGGUCGCCAACGCUCGCGACGUCGGACGUGCUCCUCCAGCUUGACAUUACAUUGCACUCGUUUCCGAUCUACCCGAUCAUGAACAAUUUGUACUUUCACGACGGCAAUCCGCCCGCCACGGACUUUGGCUGCGAUACCGGCGGUGCCAAAAGCCUCGCGUGUGCCUUUACGAGUCUCGCCGAUGCCAACGUCAAAGGUUACGUGCCGUGUGCCAACCACGGCAAGUGCAACCCCCGGUCCGGCCUCUGUGCGUGCGAACCUGGCUUCUAUGGCGUCCACUGCGGGCACAAUGAUGACGCCGCCGACAUGCUUUUGGGGCUUGCGCAAGGCCCCUUUUUUCUCGGGCAAUUUACUCAAAUUGUCGGCAGCACGGAGUCCCGAUGCAGCGUUCAACUUGAUGCACAUCGAUGUCGGCGGCGUCCCAGUCUUUACGAUGGACGGGCGCGGCGACACGACGCUGCAUCAAGGCUCGCUGGUCCUCGAGGCUCUUCGCGCGUCGCGGAUCGAGGUGCACGGCGACGUGAGUGUGCAUCGCGCCAACCUCCACGUCCACGACGGCCACGUCCGCGUUCAGAAAACCCUCGAUGGUGACGGCAUCGCGGCACCGGUCCUCGCCAUCGACGCGCGCGUUCAAACCGAAACGUGCGCCGUCGACGAGAUUGGCUCGCUCUUCCGCGUCGCUCUCAACGAUGUCUCGCUGCUCUCGCUGGACGCCCUCGGGCGCCUCGAGACCAAGGCGGUCACGGUCCAUGACACGCUUCAUGUGGCCAAGGACACGGCACUCGACGGCAAUGUGGCCAUCGCCGGUGCAGCGAGCAUCCGAGCCGGGCUCGAUGUUGCCACCAACGGGCUCCGUGUCGCCCAAGGCGGUGCAUUCAUCGGUGGUGGCGCAUCCAUCGGUGGCGGCGCAUCCAUCGAUGGCGAUGCGGCCAGUCGGCAUGUGCUGCAUCUGACCGGCGCCAGCCGCGAGAGCCAGCUACGGUUGGAGCAGCCGAGCAGCAGCCCUGCAGCGUAUCUCACAUGCGCCACCAAUGAAAAGCGAGUCUUUGAAAUCGCAGCCACCGGCAUGACAACCGUCCACGGCCUUGACGUCCAAGCCGGUGGCGUCGCCGUGCACGCGGGUGGUCAAGUGAUCCACUCGGGCGGCUUGCACAUCGCGUCUGGUGGCCUCCACGUGGCGAAGGGCCACGUUCAAAUUGACGGGUCGCUUUCGUUCCAAGGCGGUCUCGUCGUCAAUGGCUCCGAAAGCGCCACGCCAAGCCUCGUGGCGCAAGCGGCCCAUGCGCACUUUGCAUCGAGCGUCUUGCAUUUGGAUGCCUCGGCGGUGGACUUGAAAGCGUCACCGGGGUUUCAGCUCGUCCACGCGACGACAGCGGCGGGCACGGUGCUGGCGAUUGAUGGUUUUGGCAAUCUCACAACCGUUGGCAGUCUUUACGCGGAUGGGGCGGUCGUCGCCAAGGGGCCCCUCAUUGCCGAGACGCAAGCGCUGCUUCGCCCGACGCGGCUUGUCGCGGCCAAGCACCUUGCGAUUCCGUGCACCCACAGCUACGUCCAAGUGCUCUCGGACGGCGCGACGCAUAGCAGUAGCACGCAGACGAUAUCGAUGGAUGGCGCCGCGUACGGUCAGCUCCUCGUGGUGCAGAACGCCGACGAAGACGCGCUUUCGUCGCUCAAGAUCCCGCCGCAGUCGUCUGCGCUCUUUGUUUUCGACGGGCAAGCGUGGCAGACGUUGACCGCCACCGAGUUUGACACGACGCAGCUCGUGAACGUCAAGGAGUUCUCGGCCGCGGCCGAUCUCAACAUUGGCAACCACAUGCUCUCGGCCAAGUCGAUUCAGGUGGCCGGGCAGACGGCGUCGCAUGUCGCAUACUAUGGCAAGGGCGGCGUCCUUACCGGUGACGCGUCACUGAGCUACGAGAGCGCGUCACAGACACUGAACACGCAUCAACUCAAGGUGCAUGCGCUCGUGGGCAAGAUCGAUAUGUCCAACUCGGAGCUGCGCGGCGUCGACAUCAUUGGCGGCCACCUCCGUGGGAUCAACUUGAGCGCGCUGACGCUCGAGGUCGCCGGUGAAAUGUUUGUCGAGUCGAACGCGUUUGUCGGCGGCUGGCUCACGGUCGACGGCCAAGUCAUGGGCUCGGGUUCGUACGUCGACUCGUCGGAUGCGCGGUUCAAAACCAACGUGUCGGCGCUUGUAAAUGCCUUGCCGCGCUUGCAACAACUACGCGGCGUGAAUUACGACUACAAGACGGACGCGUAUCCAUCCAAGCACUUUUCGACGCGCUCCGAAAUUGGGUUUAUUGCGCAAGAAAUCGAGGCCGUGGUUCCCGAAGUCGUCACGACCGACGCCGACGGGUUCAAGUACGUGGCGUAUGCGCGCCUCGUCCCGCUGGCCGUCGAAGCCAUCAAAGAGCAAGCAGCGACGAUCGAAGCGCUGACCGACGCGGUGCGCACGCUGCAAGCCCAAGUCGCCGCGUUGCAGGCCCUCGUCGCACAGACAGUGGACUCGUCGCAACGCUAA